AUCACCAUCUUCUAAACGACCUCGUUUAUACAAAGCCAAAGGCCUCUCGAACUUCAAGUCAAGUCAAAACAGCCAAACAAUUCCCAAUUACAAAUCCGAACUAAUUUCUUUCCCCGAAAGCCAAUCCUCUCUAAAACAAAGAUGGAGAAUCUAUGGCGAGCGGCAACGGGUCAGGACCCGAAUCCGGAUGACUACAAAGGCAUCGAGUUCUGGGCUGGCCCCGAACGAGCCGGUUGGCUAACUAAACAAGGCGAUUACAUCAAGAGCUGGCGCCGCCGCUGGUUUAUCUUGAAGCAAGGCAAGCUGUUAUGGUUCAAGGACCCAGCUUCCGUCAACCGCGGCUCCACUCCACGUGGCGUUGUGUCGGUGGGCGAUUGUCUCACGGUGAAGGGAGCCGAGGACAUCGUGAACAAGGCCUUCGCUUUCGAGCUUUCCACUCGAGAUUCCACCAUGUACUUCGUCGCGGAUACGGAGAAAGAGAAAGAGGAUUGGAUCAAUUCGAUCGGUCGGUCCAUCGUCCAACAUUCACGGUCCGUUACUGAUUCUGAGGUCGUCGAUUACGAUAGCAAGAGCCGGUGAUUUUGCUGAAAUAUUCUCUUAAUUCCAAAUUUUCGUUUUUGUAAUACGAAUUAGGCUUCUAGAAAUAAAAUUAUAUACUUGUUCUUGUAUUUUGAG